GCACCAGCACCGGCUCCACUGCAGGAGGACACUGGGGUGGCAGUGGCCUUGGUUUGUCCCUUUUCAGAAUGGCGAGCCUCCUACGCGCAGUGGUCACCAACUGCUCCAGCCCUGUGUUCAGUGGGGCGCUACCAUUGAAUCUGAAGACAGUGAAGACCACAAGCUUACGGUUAUUCAGGACACACCAGGGCCUUUUGUGUCAGAAGCCAGUAAAGCCAGGUAUUCCCUAUAAACAGCUGACGGUAGGUGUUCCUAAGGAGAUCUUCCAGAAUGAGAGGCGAGUGUCUUUGUCACCAGCUGGGGUCCAGGCUCUGGUCAAUCAAGGAUUUAAUGUUGUGGUCGAAUCUGGUGCCGGGGAAGCGUCCAAGUUUUCUGAUGACCAAUACAGAAAUGUCGGAGCCAAAAUUAUGGGGACCAAGGAAGCCAUGGGUUCAGAUCUCGUUGUCAAAGUCCGGGCUCCGAUCUUCAACCCUGACCUGGGUCUCCAUGAGGCAGAUCUUCUGAAAGAUGCAGCAACACUUGUCAGCUUUCUGUACCCAGCACAAAACCCAGAGCUGCUCGAUAGACUCUCAAAGCGAAACGCUACAGUCUUAGCGAUGGACCAAGUUCCCCGUGUCACCAUUGCCCAGGGUUACGAUGCACUCAGUUCGAUGGCCAAUAUUGCAGGGUACAAAGCCGUGGUGUUGGCUGCAAAUCACUUUGGACGUUUUUUCACUGGCCAAAUCACAGCUGCUGGCAAGGUUCCUCCGGCAAAGGUGCUCAUUAUUGGUGGUGGUGUUGCUGGUCUGGCUGCAGCAGGUUCUGCAAAAUCAAUGGGAGCCAUUGUGAGAGGAUUUGACACCAGGGCUGAAGCUUUGGAACAGUUUAAGUCUCUGGGUGCAGAGCCCCUGGAGGUCGAGGUGAAGGAAUCUGGAGAAGGUACAGGAGGAUAUGCCAAGGUGAUGUCCAAGGAGUUCAUUGAUGCCGAGAUGAAGCUAUUUGCUAAACAGUGCCGAGAAAUAGACAUACUCAUCAGCACAGCCCUCAUUCCUGGCAAGAAAGCUCCUUUGUUGAUUUCCAAGGAUAUGAUUGAGUCAAUGAAGGAUGGAUCUGUGGUUGUGGAUCUCGCAGCUGAAGCUGGAGGGAACAUUGAAACCACCAAGCCUGGAGAGAUUUAUGUUCAUAAGGGAGUGACUCACAUUGGCCACACGGACCUUCCGAGUCAAUUGGCUUCUCAGGCCAGCACCUUGUAUUCCAACAAUAUCACCAAACUGCUGAAAGCCAUCAGCCCCGACCAGGAGAACUUCUACUUCAACCCCAAAGACGACUUUGAUUACGGCACAAUGGACCACGUGAUUAGAGGGACAGUGGUGAUGAAGGACGGGAAGUUGAUCUUCCCAGCACCGCCACCUCAAAAUGCCCCUGUCAGUGCUCCCCCAAAACCACCGAAAGUGGCAGAGUUGGAGGCUGCGAAGGAAGCAGCAAUCUCUCCCUUCAAUAAGACAUUGACCACAGCUUCCCUUUACACAGGAGGUCUGGCUACCCUGAUGAGUCUGGGGAUCUCUGCCCCCAAUGCUGAAUUCACUCAGAUAGUAACCACCUUUGGCCUAGCUGGGAUUGUGGGAUAUCAUACAGUGUGGGGCGUCAAACCAGCUCUUCACUCACCGCUCAUGUCAGUCACCAACGCCAUCUCAGGUUUAACUGCAGUUGGAGGAUUGGCCCUGAUGGGGGGAAGUUAUCUCCCGAGCAGCACUGCACAUACCCUCGCUCUGAUGGCAGCCUUCAUCUCCUCCAUUAACAUUGCUGGUGGGUUUAUUGUCACUCAGAGGAUGUUGGACAUGUUUAAACGACCCACUGAUCCUCCAGAGUACAACUACCUGUACCUACUGCCAGCUGCUACCUUUGUUGGAGGUUACGGGGUUGCUCUGAACAGCGGUUACUCUAUUGAACAGAUGAUGUAUCUUGGGUCAGGUCUGUGCUGUGUUGGAGCUCUGGCUGGGCUGUCGACUCAAAAGACUGCGCGUCUCGGCAAUAGUUUGGGGAUGAUUGGUGUGGCAGGAGGUAUUGCUGCUACCCUCGGGGGUCUCAAACCCUCUCCUGAACUCUUGGCUCAGAUGUCUGGUGCCAUGGCUGUUGGUGGGACAGUUGGACUGGGCAUUGCGAAGCGUAUCCAGAUCUCUGACCUUCCCCAGCUGGUCGCUGCCUUCCACAGUUUAGUCGGUCUAGCUGCUGUGCUUACCUGUGUAGCAGAGUAUAUGGUGGAAUACCCCCACUUUGACACAAACCCUGCAGCCAAUCUCAUCAAGAUUAUAGCCUACCUCGGCACCUACAUCGGCGGGGUAACCUUCAGUGGCUCUCUCGUUGCUUAUGGCAAAUUGCAAGGUAUUUUGAAUUCGGCCCCAGUCCAUAUACCAGGCCGUCAUGUUCUGAAUGCAGGUUUGAUGGCAGCCAGCGUCGGAGGAAUUAUUCCAUAUAUGAUGGACCCGAGCUAUACAACUGGUAUCACUUGUUUGGGUUCAGUGUCUGCUCUUUCUGCUGUUAUGGGAGUGACUCUGACAGCUGCUAUUGGUGGUGCUGACAUGCCUGUGGUCAUCACUGUGCUGAACAGUUAUUCAGGCUGGGCCCUGUGCGCAGAAGGGUUCCUGCUCAACAACAAUCUGCUGACUGUCGUUGGUGCCCUGAUCGGCUCUUCUGGUGCCAUCCUCUCCUACAUCAUGUGUGUGGCCAUGAACCGCUCUUUAACCAAUGUGAUCCUUGGAGGCUAUGGUACCUCAACUACUGGUGGUGGUAAACCAAUGGCGAUCACUGGCACCCACUCGGAAGUUAACUUGGACCAGACAGUUGAAAUGAUUAAAGAAGCCAACAGCAUUAUCAUCACUCCAGGUUAUGGGCUUUGUGCUGCCAAGGCUCAGUACCCCAUUGCUGAACUUGUCCAACUUCUAAUAAAACAAGGAAAGAACGUUCGGUUUGGGAUCCAUCCUGUUGCAGGCCGUAUGCCUGGCCAGCUGAACGUAUUACUUGCUGAAGCUGGAGUUCCUUAUGACAUUGUGCUGGAAAUGGAUGAAAUCAAUGCAGACUUUUCAGACACUGACCUAGUUUUGGUUAUUGGAGCAAAUGAUACCGUCAACUCCGCAGCGCAGGAAGAUCCAAAUUCAAUUAUCGCUGGAAUGCCAGUUCUGGAGGUUUGGAAAUCUAAACAGGUUAUUGUGAUGAAGAGAUCUCUGGGCGUUGGCUAUGCUGCUGUUGACAAUCCAAUCUUUUACAAACCCAACACUUCCAUGCUUUUGGGCGAUGCUAAGAAGACUUGUGAUGCACUCCACGGAAAAGUCAGGGAGUCAGCUGAAUAAUGCUAAAUACAAGAGAAUGUUUGGCACUUAGUGGUUUAUUUUGAACUAAUCAGUGUUAAUUGAAAGCAAAUGGUUAGCAAUAACUAAAUCCAGAACUUAAAUUCUUUGGCAAAUAAUUCUUUGAGAAAGGUGGCAUUCACGCAGACUUAUGCAUCAUUAUCCCCAACAUUUUUUUUGUACUCUUUCUCCCCUUUUUUUCCUUGAAGUGUGGCAAUCGUACUAUUGAUAAUCAGAAUACAGUUCUCUGGGUUUUAUACAAGGGAGAAGGGUGGGUCACAAAUUUCAUUAAAUUGAUGACGACCAUUAAGAGUGGGAGGAUCCAUUGGUAUCCAAGAGGUCUUGAGUAGUAGCAUCUCACUAUAAUUCUGUGUGGCACUUCAACCACUGACCAACUAAGUGUUAUGUAUGGCUCUCUCACAGAUAGAGAAGCUGUAUGAUAUAGCCUAUUUAGGAUGUCUCAUGCUGUAUGGGCAUUUUUGUUUGGAUGCCAAAAUCAGCAUUAUAGGGAGGGUCGACUAUAUAAUAUAUUAAACAAGCUUAUGCCAGCACUUAUUGAAAUUUAACAUUUGGAAUAAGUAUAACAGAAUAAAUAUUGUCAGAGGGCCAACAAAAUGUGUUCAACAACACAUGCAUCAAAUAGUAAUUUUUGUUGAGUGCAAAAGAAAUGUCAGCCAACAUAAUAAAGAUCCCAUAGAACCAUCAUUUUGUAUUGCAUUAAGCGACUAUGAGUUGCAUUUUAUUACUAUGUAUGGUGAUAAAUAAAUAUGACAAAUAGAUCUUUCUAACUUAAGAUGCUGUUUUCUAUAAUGAAAGAUCAUCUAUUAGCUAUAAAGUAGCUGUAUGUUUGUUGUGCAUUGUGCUCUCAUGAGUUACAGUAAAUGCCUGCAGAUAAAUUAAGUGUAAUAUGAGAUUACUGUGAAUCAACUAUAGUUGCCAUUUUUAUAGUGUAUGGGGAUCCUGUAAAAUCAGUCGGACAGUACAUUUAUGUAACGCAUUAUAAAUCAGGACCAUCAUUGACAAAACCUCAUAUUCCCAUAGCUACCUCCUAAGUUUCUUAUUAGACCAAUGUUUGUUGACUAUCUGCUUCUGAUGUGCAACAUCUAUGUGAGAAUUGAUAUUCUAGGUUGCACAGUAAGCAAUGAGCCUUUCAGUUUACUUGCCUCUGUAAUGAACUCCACCAAAUUGCAUUUUGUUUCAAGACGUGGUUUACAAAAUCCCUAUAAAAAUAGUACAAUUCAACAGCAAUGUUUAAUUACUCUGCUGUACUGAUGACUGAAUGGUUUAUGGUUCAGGGCAUUAUCUAAUAAACUUACAUCAUCAUCAUAGGAAAAGAUCCAUCUAAUAAAAUGUAAUAUUGGUAAAUAUUUAUAAAGGUUUGAAUUGCUUAUUUUAGGUUGUACUGUACUGAUAGUAAAAUAUUUGGUUAAGUAAAGACUUAGUGGAUGUAAAAAGUACUGUUUGUUAUGCUGAGUUCUCUUUGCCUAACCAUGUGUGUACAUUCUAAUGGUUGCAAAGCAUAACUAGGAUAAGCUGAGUUUUGCCAUUUUAAUUAUGGAUUCAGUAUGUCGCAGUUUGAGAAAACGACUGAAAUCUUUGCAUGGUGCCUUGACAUGGAAAGCAGCUCAAUAAAGAACCUGACUAAA